UUAAAAUGGCUGAAUAUUUGAAGUCUGACGGCUACAAUGAAAUGAUCCUUUCACAAUUCGUUCCCUGUCAGCUUGUAAAGUGGAAAGUAUUUCCCGGUCAAAAAGUCUCCAAGGGCUCAAUUCUGGCUUUAUACAAGAAGCUUUCAUCAUCAGUAUCGUCUGUAAAAUCGGAAAUUAUUUUGCUGCCCAAACUCAAGUGUCUAUCCGGAGGAUGUGUAAAGAAACUCUUGGUUGCAGAAGGUGAUCUGGUGAAGCCAGGACAAGUGGUGUUAUUGAUGAACAACUGUGAACAUAAAAUAGUAAUGAAGGAUAUGUGUGCAGAAUGUGGUGAAGAUCUUAGACAAGAGAAUGGCAUCCCAGGUGAUCUAAAGGAACCAGUCACUGCAUCUGUUCCAUUGGUGCACAAUAUUCCAGAACUACGAGUUAGCCAAAAGGAAGCAGAAAUCAUAGCAACAAAGGAUAAAGAAAGCCUGUUAAGAAAUGGCAAAUUAGUUCUCAUUGUUGAUUUAGAUCAGACAUUAAUACACACAACUACGGAAAAUGUGCCUUCAAGCAUUGAGGACAUUUAUCAUUUCCAACUCUAUGGUCAGAGCUGUUGGUAUCACACGAAAUUUCGACCUGGUUGGCGCAAGUUCCUUGAAAAUGUAUCGCGAUAUUUUGAGCUACAUAUUUUUACAAUGGGUUCGAGAUUGUAUGCGCACACCAUAGCACGGUUGCUAGACCCAUCAGGUGUGUUCUUUGCUGACAGAAUUCGCUCACGUGAUGAGAGCUUUGACAUGUGCUCUAAGUACCGAGACCUAAGGGCUCUGUUUCCAUGUGAUGAUUCCAUGGUGUGCAUUAUUGAUGAUCGUGAAGAUAUAUGGAAUAGUGCACCAAAUCUAAUAGCUGUGAAACCAUACAGAUAUUUUUCUGGAACUGGGGAUAUAAAUGCUCCUGUUGGAUCUGAGCAGAGUAUCACACACAUAUCAGCUUUAGCAAUUCAUCAAAAUGAAAGAGAAUUUAAUGAAAAUUGUACUGAAGACAGCACUGAUGGUGUGUUAGAAACCUGUGGUGAACGUGAAGAUAGGAAGGAUAAUAUUGAGGUAGACAAAAGUGAUUUAGGGACGCAUUUGAGUGGAGAAGAUGAAAGUAAAAUGAAUGUAGGCAAUAGGAGCAAAAUAAAUGAAGACAAAAGGAUCAAUGAAAGGAUGGAGGAAAUGAAUGAAGAGGAUAGGACAAAAUUGAGUGAAGAGGCAAAGACAAAACCUAGUGAAGAGGAUGGGGGUAAAAUGAAUGAAGAGGAUGUUUCUCAAAUGAGAGAUGGUUAUGAUAAUGAAGUAGAGACAAGUACUUUCAAAGAUGAAGGAAAGCUUAAAGAAUAUGAAGAUAAAAGAAAGGAAGACGCUGUGGAGGAAUAUUCUGAGAAUGAUAAACCGGGAAAUGUUUCACGAAUUUUUGAGAAUUCACAACCGGAUGUUGUUGAUGGCCAUCACGUACAAGAUCAUGACGACUACCUUCUUUAUUUAGAAGAAAUUUUAUGCAGAAUACAUUCUACUUUUUAUAAAAUAGUUGAGAAGAAUAAACGGAUAGAUGAACUACAAAACAGAAACGAAGCUGUUUGUGGUGAAGUGACCACCCCAGACUUACGAUGUAUAGUUCCCAGGCUGCGGCAAAAUGUUUUGAAAGGCGCGAAUAUUGUUUUUACGGGCGUCAUACCAACCCAUACUCGACCUGAGGAAAGUCAACCUUGGAGAAUAGCUAGACAGUUUGGUGCAAAUGUCAGUAGGGACCUAUUAACUCAUAAAAACACCGCUGAACCAAGUGAACGCACGUCUCAUGUUAUUGCUGCAAGGCCUGGCACUGAAAAAGCCUGCAUUGCGCAACGCAUGCGCAACGUACGACUGGUAAACCCGAACUGGCUUUGGACGUGCGUAGAACGCUGGGAAUGGGUAGAAGAACGGUUAUUUCCAGUGGAGUCGAAAAGUGAUCAUAGUUGUAAUACAAUUGACGUCUCGAGACGAAAUACGGUGAUAGUACAAUCAGAGAAGGAAAGUUACACUGAACGUGAUGAAAAACUGGAAGAAAUCACUAAAGAAAAUAUGAACAUAGUUUUCAAUCCGUUUUUGAGUUUCUCCAGCGGUGAUAUGGCGGCAAUGGAUCAGGAAGUGGAAGAUUUAAUGAGAUCAAGUGACGAAGAAGAUGAAACUGAGAAACUUUCUACGCUUGAGUCCUUAAGUUCAUCUAGUGAAGACGCAGAUGUAUGUCUCAAUUCGUCGAAAAUAUCCAGAACUUUUGAAGAUGAUGGUGUUGAUAAGGAAAUGAACUUCGCCACAAUCAAGCAAAAUGAAAACAACAGCCCGCCAACAAAGCGAAAAAAGUUGGACUUUAAUGAUGGCGAGAGUGAUACAGACGAAGGUGACUUUGGUGCUGACGAAGAUAGCAGUGAAUCAAACAGCGGGGAUGACGAUGGCAUGGCUGCCUUAUUAGAAGCUGAACUAUUUCAUUAGAAAUGUACUGGAGUGGUUAAUUCGUCAGAGAUCUUCAUUUUUGACGUUUCAAUAAAUGCAUCACGAUGCACACCAUUGAGUAUAAAGCGAACACAGGACUUGUAAAUAGGGGAUAGGCACUCUUUUUUCGCCUUUAAUGUUAGUCGUAUCGACAUGUUUAUAAUCCGUUUUACCAUCACAAUUACAUGUCUUAUUGCUUUUUGUUGUA